GAAGAGAAAAAAAUUACAGAUGAAGGAGACCAGUUAUUUAAGAUGGGUAUAAAGAUUCUUCAGCUGUCUAAAAGCCAAAAACAGAGAGCACAUGCCUACAAAUUCUUUGCCAAAGCAGCUGAUAUGGGAAACUUGAAAGCGAUGGAGAAGAUGGCUGAUGCAUUGCUAUUUGGAAAUUUUGGAGUGCAAAAUAUAACAGCGGCUAUCCAAUUAUAUGAGUCCUUGGCUAAAGAAGGCUCAUAUAAAGCCCAAAAUGCACUAGGAUUUUUGUCGUCUUAUGGGAUAGGAAUGGAAUAUGAUCAAGCAAAGGCCUUAGUAUACUAUACUUUUGGAAGCGCUGGAGGAAGCAUGAUGUCGCAAAUGAUUUUGGGCUACAGAUAUUUGUCAGGAAUUAAUGUUCUACAGAAUUGUGAAGUUGCCCUAAAUCAUUACAAGAAAGUGGCAGAUUAUAUUGCUGAUAAGUUAGAAAAAAAUGAAGGUAUUCCAGUGGAAAAAGUGAGACUAACCGAGAGACCUGAAAAUCUGAGUUCUAACAGUGAGAUAUUGGAUUGGGACAUUUACCAAUACUACAAAUUUUUGGCAGAAAGAGGAGAUGUUCAGAUACAAGUAUCUCUUGGACAGUUGCAUCUAGUUGGGAGGAAAGGUCUUGAUCAAAAUUACUAUAAAGCAUUGUACUACUUCUUAAAAGCAGCAAAGGCUGGGAGUGCAAAUGCCAUGGCAUUUUUAGGAAAGAUGUAUUUAGAAGGGAAUGCUGCAGCACCACAAAAUAAUGCUACAGCUUUAAAAUACUUUUCCAUGGCAGCCAGUAAGGGCAAUGCAAUUGGUCUUCAUGGACUUGGUCUUCUUUACUUUUAUGGGAAAGGAGUUCCUGUGGACUAUGCUGAAGCACUUAAAUACUUUCAAAAAGCUGCAGAGAAAGGAUGGCCCAAUGCACAGUUUCAUUUAGGCUUUAUGUACUACUCUGGCUCUGGAGUGUGGAAGGAUUAUAAACUUGCCUUCAAAUAUUUUUACUUGGCAUCUCAGAGUGGGCAGCCCCUCGCCAUUUAUUAUCUGGCCGAGAUGUACUCAACAGGAACAGGAGUGUUACGAUCAUGCAGAACUGCUGUGGAGCUUUAUAAAGGUGUCUGUGAACUGGGCCACUGGGCAGAGAAGUUCCUCACAGCAUACUUUGCCUAUAAAGAUGGUGAUAUAGACUCUUCUCUUAUUCAGUAUGCACUACUUGCAGAAAUGGGGUAUGAAGUAGCUCAAAUCAAUUCAGCAUUCGUUUUGGAAUCUAAAAAGGCUAAAAUCAUUGAAAAAGAGAAGAUGUAUCCAAUGGCUCUUCUUCUAUGGAACCGAGCUGCCAUUCAAGGCAAUGUAUUUGCUAGAGUGAAAAUCGGAGAUUACUAUUACUAUGGCUAUGGAACUAAGAAAGACUAUCAAACCGCAGUUACACAUUACAGCAUUGCAGCCGACAAAUACCACAGUGCACAAGCUAUGUUUAAUCUGGCCUAUAUGUAUGAACAUGGUUUAGGUAUUGCCAAGGAUGCUCAUUUGGCCAAGAGAUUAUACGAUAAGGCAGCUCAAACUAGUCCAGAUGCUCAUAUACCUGUAUUCUUGGCCCUCAUAAAGCUGGAAACUGUACACAUACUCAAAGAUAUUCUGUUUCUUAAUUUUACAAACAGUUGGAAAUGGAUACAAUUCGACAAUAUCCUUGGACCCUACUGGGAUUUAUGUGCAAUUAGCCUGAUUGUUGUUACCCUGAUCUUCCUGCUGAGAAACCGCUUUGGAUAG